AUGCAUAUACCAGGCUUACUGGUAUCCCUUCUGUGGACCACCGGCACGACUAUCGUCGCCGCUGCAGCAGACCAAACAAUUCUUGCGAGUGAAAUCCAACGCGUGUCGAAUCAGUCUUUACUAUGGGGCCCUUACAAUCCCAGUUUGUAUUUCGGCAUGAGGCCUCGGAUUCCAAAGAGUUUGAGUGUUGGACUGGUUUGGGGGAAUUUGGAUACUUAUGCUCAGGCGCAGAAGUCGAUCAGACAUACUUGCGAACAAAGUGAUGAUAUGAAGGGAUAUGGAUGGGUAGAGUAUGAUGUUAGAACCGGUGGAAAGCAGGUCAUCCAUGAUCAAGCCAAUUUCAUCGAUAUAGAAAUUGAAUUGGUUAAAGUUCCUGGUGGGAGAAAUGGCGGUAGCUGGGGUGCUAGAGUUAAAGGCAUACCGAGGGAGGAUGCACCCCAAAAUCUUAGGUCUACCGUCUUCUUUUGGGCUACAAAUGAAGAUGAGGAAGGCGAAUUAUUAUUGGAAACCGAACCGGAUCAAGCGGGAAUCAAAGGAUCUGUGAACCUCAAAGGGAACGUUGAAGGCCUCGAUGAAUUCCACAUCGAACUGACGGAAGGUCCGGCUACCAACAGCGGCCCGACGGCGUUAGAUUCUAGAUUACAGGGCGUCGAGGAUGAACCUGAUGUUUCGAGAAGUUUGUACCGUGUGGGGAGUUAUCCUGCUGAACAUAUCUGGCGGGUCAAAAACAUCAUAUUCGCGGAGUUAAAGACCCGAUUCGACAAGCUUAUGGAGAAGUUCGGCGCCGAGAAUUUACCGCCCUCGUGGCAGGCUCUUACCUUUUCGCCAAAGUAUGCGGAGGAAGGGAAAGAUGGAAAUGUUCAUCUCGUACAGAGAGUUUAUGAGGGCGCCUUUGAAUUUGAUAUUCUCUUCUCCUCGGAUUCUGCUGCAAAGCCGAUGACAUCAAAACUUCUCACCGAAAAGAUCCAAGAGAAUACUGAAUCAUUUAAUACCCGUUUCUCCAAAACUUUCAAGCGUUAUGCCCCCUUCGAUUCUCCCAAAUACGCCAAUUUCGCAAAAGAUCUCUUCUCCAACCUCCUCGGUGGUAUUGGAUAUUUCCACGGCACUUCUAUAGUCGACCGUUCUGAGUACCCCGAAGACGAAGAAGGGUUCUGGGAACCUGCGAAGGCUAAUCGUGAGAAAGGAUUGGGACAAUUGGAAGGCCCUACGACUUUAUAUACUUCGGUUCCUAGUCGACAAUUCUUCCCCCGUGGGUUUUUGUGGGAUGAAGGGUUUCAUUUGUUACCGGUUAUCGAGUGGGAUGUUGACCUCGCUAUGGAAAUCGUCCGGAGCUGGUUCAACCUAAUGGACGCCGACGGCUGGAUAGCCCGCGAACAAAUCUUAGGCGAAGAAGCCCGUUCCAAAGUCCCCAAAGAAUUCCAAACCCAAUACCCACAUUACGCAAACCCUCCAACCCUCCUCUUAGUCCUCACCCGAUUCAUCGAAAAAUGGUCAUCAACAACAAACUACCCGAAUCUAACUGGCGAACUUUCACAAAUCUUGGAACAAAUGUCAGAGUUUGGAGGUGAUGGAAUCCCACAUGCCAUCUUGGCCUCUGCGGAAAGCUAUUUGAAGAACGUUUAUCCUUUGUUGAGGAGACAAUAUUAUUGGUUUAGAGAUACGCAGGCAGGUGAUAUUAGAGGGUAUGAUAGGAAUGCAUUUUCUAUGAAGGAAGGGUAUAGAUGGAGAGGAAGGGCUCCUGGUUACUGUCUCACCAGCGGUAUAGACGACUACCCUCGCGCCGAACCACCACAUCCAAGCGAGCUUCAUGUCGAUCUACUAAGCUGGAUGGGUUUCUCUGCCCGUUUAAUGAAGAACAUUGCGAUCGCCAUUUCAGAAACAGAUGACGCCCGAGAAUAUGGCAAGCACGAAGAAGCUAUCCUCCACAACAUCGACGAUCUACAUUGGAACAAAGAAGCCGGGUGUUACUGCGAUGCAACGGUUGAUGCCUUCGAAGAGAAUAUACAUGUCUGCCAUGUUGGAUACGUCUCUAUUUUCCCGUUCUUGUUGGGACUAGUGAGUGAUGAUGACAAGUUAAAGAGUAUUUUAGAAAUAAUCGGAGAUGAGGAACAGCUGUGGAGUCCAUUUGGAUUGAGAAGUUUGAGCCGUCAGGAUGAGUUUUAUAGCAAAGGGGAGAACUAUUGGAGGGGUCCCGUGUGGAUUAAUAUGAAUUAUUUGGCGGUUUUGAGGUUGAAGGAAUACGGAUCGGUUAAAGGACCUAACCAGCAAAAGGCCGCGAAGCUAUACGCUGAGCUCAGGAAGAACGUGGUUAAUAAUGUGUUCAGAGUAUGGGAAGAGACAGGGUUUGCAUGGGAGCAAUAUGAGCAGGAGAAAGGGAAUGGGAAGGGAGUACAGCACUUUUUGGGGUGGACUUCUUUGGUGGUUAAUAUCAUGGCUUUGCCUGAGACGGUGGAGGUUACUCCGGUGCCGGGACAUGAUGAGUUAUAA